CGAGCUCAGCGUUCAGACAAAGCGCUUCCGGCGACGACUUCAUGUAAUUCUUCACUGACAGGGUGAGAAACCCAGACUUUCAGCUGAGGGUAGCCCCCUUGGAACCGAAUGAAGAAACAAAUCUUACUACAUUUCACAUACCGAGGACUAGUAAGAAAAGGGAAAAAGAGUAAAAGAAGAAAAUGGACAAGUUUAUAUUACGGAAAGCCGAGCCCAAGGACGUAUCGGACAUACUGCGACUCAUAAAGGAACUUGCGAAAUUUGAGGAAAUGGAGGAACAGGUCGUCCUGACCGAGAAAGAGUUGCUCGAGGACGGUUUCGGAGAUCAUCCGUUUUAUCACUGCGUCGUCGCUGAAGUACCGAAAGAUAAACAGUCUCUCGAAGGUUAUACAGUGGUUGGCUUUGCCAUGUACUACUUCACUUAUGACCCCUGGAUUGGGAAGCUGCUUUAUCUGGAAGACUUCUAUGUGAUGAAGGAAUUCAGAGGUAUGAAUAAUAGAUGCUUAAACUGCUGUAAACAAAGAAUUGCUUUGAAUUGGUCAUAUAAUGUAUCUUUCUGCUAUUCAGGUUAUGGGAUGGGCUCUGAAAUCCUGAAGAUGCUGAGUGAGACGGCAGUGAAGACUCGAUGCAGCGGCAUGCACUUCAUCGUGGCCGAGUGGAACACGUCCUCCAUCGAGUUCUACAAGCGGCGCGGAGCUUCAGAUCUCUCCCACGAGGAGGGAUGGCGUCUGUACGAGAUUGACAAGUGCAACCUACUCAAGAUGUCAUCCAAGUAGACGCCAGUGCAGGAGGGAAAAGUUAAAGGAGCAUUUCGACAGCAAUAGAGUAGAUCAGUGUUUCCCAACCCUGGAGGCACACCAGCAUGACACAUGCUCCUAAUCAAACGCACCUGAUUCAACUUGUCAGCUUGUUUGUAGAGACGCCUAGACCAGAAGUAGAAAUGUGUGCUGUUGGUGUGCCUCCAGGAACGGAGUUGGGGAAAACCAUAGUUGAUACACCUGCAAUGUAUCGUUUUAAAAUAAAGCUUAUACUUUAAGAAUGA